AUGCGAUUGGUAAUCCUUGCUUGCGUCUGCACCGUUUCUUUGGCGGGGAUCUUCCCCUACAACGUUCCAGAAGGUCAACACGACCCGGCCUACCUGCAGGCUCUACAGCAGCAAGCUCUCCAUUACAUAAACCUACAACAGGUACCGGAUCUCCAGCUUCAUAGAGCUCGUGAGCUUGAAGUAAUUGCCAAGAAUCCUACUGCUUAUCACCAUGGUUACUAUCACCCUGGUUACUACUACCCUGGUCAUUACUACACUGGUUACUACCACCCUGGUCACUAUUACUCCGCUUUACACCACAAUGCUGCCCUUCAUAAACAUAAUAUGGAUGAACAGAAGGUUCUGAAGGAGCAACAGAAAGUCCUCGAGGCCGAGAAGGCCCUGAUAGCAAGUCAUUAA